AUGUCUGAAAAUCAAUCCAAAAAAAUUUCUAGUCGAGUUUUAUCUGCAUUGCAAGAAGUAGUUAGAAUGGCAUAUCGCCAAGGCUAUAAAAAAGAUAGUAGUUUUAUAAAACGCCAUAUAAGUUAUGCUACCAGCUUAACUAAGGUAAAAUAUCCAGAUGCUUAUAUCAAAUCUGUAGCAAGAAAACUUAUCCCAAAUGAAGAGGCAUAUAAUAAAAAACUUGAGGAACUUUGUGGAUAUUAUAAAGAUGAACUCUUUACUAGUUUAGAAAAAUUAUUUGGAUUAUAUCAUGAGAUAGCUCAAAUGCCAGCUCCUACUCCCAAGAAAAUAGUCAGGCCAACUAAAGAGGAUGAGGACAAAUUCUUGAAUGAAUGCUUUGGUAAUAUGACUAUAGCAUAA